AUGCAGAAUGGCAGAGAAGAUCGGAUUCGUUGGGCUUGGGAUAAUGGGAAAGCCGAUGGCUCGCAAUUUGAUGGCGGCAGGAUACGAGCUCACGGUCUACGACAUAGUGGGGGACCGGUGGAAGAGUUGGCGACCGAAGGCGCGUCCGCGUCGUCGUCGCCCCGGGAGGCCACGGUCAACAACGUCAGAACCAUCACCAUGCUGCCGGACUCUGCUGAUUCGGAGCGUGCGAUCCUGGGGCCGGAUGGAGUUCUGGAGGGAGCGGCGCCAGGCUCGGUAAUCAUAGACAUGAGCAGCAUCGCGCCGUCCAUGUCGCAAAAAAUUGGUGUGGCCUGCGCCGACAAAGGCGUGGAAUUCCUGGAUGCGCCCGUGAGCGGCGGGGAACCGGGAGCCAUCGCCGGCACCCUGGCCAUCAUGGUGGGCGGCAAGCAGUCGGUAUUCGACGACUGCGAACCCUUGCUUCAGGUAAUGGGCGGGAACGUAGUAUUGACCGGGGACAUUGGCGCUGGAAAUAUCACCAAGUUGGCCAAUCAGAUAAUCGUGGCUGCCAACAUUGAGGCGCUGAGCGAGGCCCUGGUUUUGACGCAGAAAGCGGGCGUGGACCCGGAGCGGGUGUUCAACGCGAUACGCGGUGGAUUGGCCGGGAGCGCCGUGAUGGAAGCCAAAGCUCCCGAUGAUGCUGGACCGCAAUUUCAGGGCGGGUUUCCGUGUGCGGCUGCACCAGAAGGACCUUCGAAACGUGCUGCAAACAGCGGGCGAACUGAACGUACCACUGCCGGUCACUGCGCUGGUACAACAGAUGUUGGGUUCGCUGAUCAACGACGGCGACCAGGAAUCUGA